UGCUGCUCUCUGCGAAGAAAGAUCACCAGAGCCACAGCAGAGAGCUGCAGCUGCCGCUGAGAUGAACAGGACGGGCAUGGCCGUAGCCCUGGCUAUGAUCAUCUGGGCCACAACGGUUCCAGGCUUCGUUAUGUUCAAAGGGGGGCGCUGUCUUUGCAUCGACCGCGGAGUGAAAGUGGUCAAAAUGGCAGCAAUCAAGGAAGUUUCUGUAAUUUACCCGAGUAACGGCUGUGACAAAGUUGAAGUGAUUGUUACCCUGAAGGCUCAUAAAGGACAAAGGUGCCUGGACCCCACAUCCAAGCAAGCUCGCCUCAUAAUGCAGACAAUACAAAAAAAGAAUUUUUUAAGGCGCCAGAACAUGUGAUGGGCCCUCAAAUUCGAGCUCUGUGCCAAGAAGCUGACCCUCUCCUGUCUUGGAAUAUGCAUCCGUUUUGCCAGAUUGCAGAACUCGCUAGGAGGUCGGAUACCUCUAAACUAUUCUGCUUGGCUAUGAAAAUAUUUAUCUCGAAGAGUCAUGUGUCUCUGUGUGUGCACACUCCGAGUUAUCGUCUAUGGUUACAAUGGACACAUUGUUACUGGAAUCCCGCCCGCCCGCUGGUUGGAUUCAGAAGCAUCUAGUGUAGAAAAACAUUACUCAAGGAAUUUUUCAUGGAAAUAACAUCCCUUUCCCCAAAUAACACGAGGCACAUGAACAUCUAGGAAGAAGAUUCCACAUAUCAUCUUGCUUGUACAUUUAAAAAGAUUUAGCAUUCAUGAGGUGCCCUGCAAACAUUUCUACGCUGUAGAAACGAGUAAGAGAACACUACUGUUUCCUGAGUUAAUCACACUGGCUUCCCACUGAGGCAGUCUAAAGGGCUAAAGAUGUGUAUUUCCUGUACAUCUGGCUUUAUCUGUUUUAUCAGUGACAAUAAUCUGGAUAGAUUUUUAAAAUAAAUUGCUUUUGCUCACCAAAGAAAAUGUUGGAAAAAAAAUCUAUUCAUCUCUUUGAGUCUGUUUUCCAUUAUUCUGCCUUUGAAAAAAAUAUGUAAAUGUGUACUUGGUCCUUUCCUUUGUC